AUGGCUUUCCAGACACCUGUCUCCCUUCCCAAUGUUGCAAGUGUAACGUCUGAGUUAUGGCCAUCCGUGUCAAAUGCGGUCUCUGCCCCGUGGAGAUGUCUUGUCCGCCCGUCCUCGCCCCGCUCGCCUCGCGCUCAGAAUCAUCGCGAAUCGGAUAGCACGUUCCAUAAUGAGAGAUCUAGUGAUGUACGUGGUAUAUAUCCAUUCGGUCUCUGUCGCAAGCCCACUCACAAUCGGUUUCAGGCCCGUUCUCGUUCGUCCCUCGUCGAAUCCCUUGGGAGGAUUCCCGUCGAUACGUUGAGACUGGCGGCGGAGCAAAAUUUAGCUAUACGUCAAGUAUCAUCGUCCAAUUUGCUAUCCCAAGUAACUCCCAGGCGCAUGUGGACUGUUCAAGCCUUUGCCAAUCCUCGCAACCCAACUUCGACACGUCACUAUUCCACACUCUCCAGCUUUCAGCUGAAUAGACCAAGUCCCAUUCCAAAGUUGAAAGAUUUCUCACGGUCGCAGCAACAAAGAUUCCUGUUCGGUGGCCCUUCUCAAAACACACUUCGGUACAUCGAACAAAAUGCGAACAAUAAUCCGACAAGUGCAGUGUCUCAAAACGCUUUCUAUUCUGCGCUGCUUCGAGCCAAGAUGCCAGCCAUAUUGAUCGAACGUUAUCAGAGUGGAAGUUUUGCCAGCAAUGCUCAGUCUGCUCAACUUUAUAUGAAAGCCCUGCAGCAAAUGGGUGCGCCAUCAGGCGCCGUGCAAGGGCAAAGCCAGGUUACCUCUCACGAAAACUUGAAUCCCGACCAAGUGCAAGCCAUCGGACAGGCUGUUGCUGCGCGAACGCAUGGAGGCCAAGUUGGAAUGGCCACCAAACCCAACGGGACUGGGGCGAAAGAUGCACCAAUUUAUGUUGUGGUAGAAGAGUCAACAGGAAGUCAGGUUUUUAGAUGGAUCAAGUUCUUCCUCUAUUUUGGCUUCAUUUGCUACUUCUCCCUGGUAAUGGUCAGCUUCCUGGUCGAGACAACGGGUAUUUUGAAGAACGUUCGUGGAACUCAAAACAACCAAGCUCAGCCACAACACCAAAAGGUUCGAUUUAGUGAUGUGCAUGGGUGUGACGAAGCCAAGGAUGAGUUGCAAGAGCUGGUUGAAUUCUUGUCAAAUCCUGAGCGCUUUUCUUCUCUUGGCGGCAAGCUUCCAAAAGGUGUCUUGCUCGUUGGUCCUCCUGGAACAGGUAAAACGUUACUUGCCCGCGCCGUUGCCGGCGAAGCCGGCGUUCCAUUCUUCUAUAUGUCUGGAUCUGAAUUCGAUGAGAUUUAUGUUGGUGUUGGUGCCAAACGUGUUCGCGAGCUAUUCAAUCAAGCUCGAGGCAAGGCUCCUGCCAUCAUCUUUAUCGACGAACUGGAUGCUAUCGGCGCGAAGAGGAACGAAAGGGAUGCCGCUUAUGUUAAGCAAACGCUGAACCAGCUGCUGACCGAGCUUGAUGGUUUCUCUCAAAGCAGCGGCGUCAUUAUCUUAGCAGCCACUAACUAUCCCCAACUACUCGACAAGGCGCUUACACGACCUGGGCGAUUUGAUCGUAAGGUUGUGGUCGGUCUCCCAGAUGUUCGAGGUCGCGUUGAUAUUUUGAAGCAUCACAUGAAGAACGUGCAGAUUAGCACAGACGUCGAUGCCGCCGUCAUCGCUCGUGGGACUUCUGGGUUCUCAGGUGCAGAUUUGGAGAAUCUUGUCAACCAGGCUGCUGUUCAUGCUAGCAGGCAUAAGAAACAGAAAGUUGGCCCCCUAGACUUUGACUGGGCUAAGGACAAGAUCAUCAUGGGAGCGGAAGCUCGCAGCAGAGUUCUGAGAGAUGAAGAGAAGCUUUUGACUGCUUACCACGAGGCGGGCCAUGCGUUGGUUGCGUACUUUAACCCAGCAGCCAUGCCGUUAUACAAGAUCACUAUAGUGCCCAGAGGAAUGUCCCUAGGUGUCACUCAUUUUCUUCCGGAGAUGGACAUUUAUUCAAAGAACUACACCGAGUACCUUGCCGAUAUCGAUGUUUCCAUGGGUGGUAAGGCCGCUGAAGAGCUUGUGUUUGGACCCGAGAAUGUUACUAGUGGAAGUGCAGCAGAUCUUCGAAACGCUACCGAAACCGCCUUCUCGAUGGUAACGCAGAUGGGUUAUUCGAAGAAGCUUGGAAAUGUCGACCUCAGCUUUAAUUAUGAUGCCUUAUCAUCCGAAACAAAACAGGAAAUUGAAGCCGAAGUUCGACGCAUCGUGGACGAAGCUAGCAGCCGCGCAAAGGUCAUUCUAAAAGAGCGCCGAAAAGAGCUUGAACUGGUCUCCAAAGCUCUCUUGGAGUACGAGACCCUGACUAAGGAGGAGAUGGAAAAAGUAAUACGCGGAGAGAAAUUGGACAAGCUUGAGGCAUCGCCAAAAGCACCGAUAAUCCUUCCCGAAGGGUUGAUCACACCAGGAUUGAGCCCGCCUGCGGGGGAGAAGGCUGCGUCAAAAUAG